AUGUCAAACAUAACGAUAAUAGGACAAUUUCUUUGUGAAGGUAGACCUAUGCGAAAUAUGAAAAUUGUGCUCAUUGAUGUCGAUAUUUGUAAGUUAGAAACUAUAGGGGGCCCCCACCGAAACUUGUGAAUUUCAGACGAUCCACAUGAUUUUUUGAAUGAAACAUUAACCAAUGAAAACGGGGAAUUUGAGAUUUAUGGGCAAGAAAGAGAGUUUAACGGAUUUGAGCCAGCAUUGUGUUUUCGACGUGUUUGUUAUAGAAAAAGAAACCAUCGAGUUCUUGAUGCUCUCGUUUUGACAGGCAAGGAAUUUUUAGGAGGAAUUGGCUUAGUUCAAUACAAUUUUAGUCGAAUGGAGAUACCCCGUGAAGCUUAUGGUUGUGAUCGAUUUGUUUGA